AUGCAAACGUUCAAAACAUUUGUAAUUGUACAUAAGAAAGCUUACCCAGAAGGUUUUAUUGCAGAAGGGUACACUAAAAAGAAAUGUCUAACAUUUUGCUCUCGAUAUUUGUCUAUGAUUGAGAAACAAUUUAAUUGCCUAGAUCGAAAUGAAGACGUUGAACCUAUCCAACUUCAUAACUUAUCCUUUUUCUCCAAAAUGGACAAGCCACUUGAAAAGGCAAAUCUAAACCAACUGAUUAUUGACGAAAGGAAGCAAGCUCAUGGUUAUGUUUUGAGAAAUUGGGAUGAAUUACAACCUUUAUUGGAGAAGAUUGAAAAGGAAAGUGCGUACACUGUUGAUUUUGAAAAAUGGGUUGAGGAUAGAAUAAGAGAUGAAAGUGUAACCGAAGAGUUAUUAUGCUUAGCACGAGGACCAAUGAAAAGUGUUAUUACUUAUGAAGAUAAUGAAGAUGAUGAAACAUUGUGGAAUACUAUUGAAAGUGGAUCGACUAGUUUGAUUCUUAUGGAGGAUGAAGAUGACGAAGAAAUUCAUUUGGUUAGAGACGAUGUUGAGCCACAAUAUGCUGAUUUAAACCCAAAUGAUGAUCAAAUUAAUGAGAAGUAUAAUGAUGAUCAAAUUAAUGACUUAGAGGCUAUCAAAGAUGAGGAGGAGGAGGAGGAGGAUAAGGAGGAGGAGAUGUUGGAUUUUGAGUCUAGUAAGGAUGAAUUAGAUCAAGAUCUUGAAACUAUAUGUGAUGAUGAUAAUGAUAGUUCCGAUGAAUAA